AUGUGGGCUGUCGCGGUUAGAAUUGCCCUCAGACUCAAUCUGAACUAUCCUGAGAAAAUGGCUGCUCCGCUUCCUCUGCCUGUGGAACAAUGCAUACGACUUUGGUGGACAAUUGUGGUGUACGACUGGGUCUUAGUGCCAGGAUACAUCCCUCUUGUUCCCGAACAUGAGACCAGGUGCUCACUGCCUGAUAGCACUCCCAAUGCAAACGACUUGACUAUCGAACGCGACGGGAGCACAAUAUCGUCCAAUCGCUACCUGGCCUUCAUGGCUCGUACAGCGAUAGUCUACAACAACUUCCACAGCUCCCUUCAGAAACGCACCAUGACUAAGAGCGAAUCUGUCAGACAAGCCGACGAACGACUUCGUCAGCUCACUGCGAGACUACCUGAAUAUCUCACACCAAACAGCUCGAUACGCAACGCCACCAUCACCAAGCUCGAAGCCGAUCACCCUUGGAUAUACUGGCAGCGUGUGAACGUUACACUUACAUAUCUAACGCAUCGUCUCUCAAUAUACUCGACACUGGAGCCCAACUGGAGAAGCCAUCCGUCCGAGUUCAACUGGGCGAAGUCGAUCUGUCUGCAGGCAGCAUUUGACAUCACAACUAUUGACACGACUUGGGAAAUGCCAAAAUCCUAUCGCCGACACUGGUUAGUAAUAUCCUCCACGAUGCUGCAGAGUUCUGAACCUUACUGA